AGGCAACAGUGUAGGAGCCACCUACCCUGACCUUUGACAGGGUUUCCAAACACAGCACGUUAACGUUAAAUUGACUAAUUUGGAACUGUGACUUUGGCCUAAGAAGCUUCAGAAAUUAGCAAGAAGACCUCGGACCCCGAGUGAGGCAGGAGAAAUGGAAAGUCCCCUUUGUGUCUCCAUUUUCUUGCUUUUGAGCAUCUUUAUCCAAUCAAGUGCCCAUGGACAAAGCCUUGGACUAGAGCCAUUAGGAAGAAGAUCUCGAGCUGUUGAAGAAAAUGAAACGUUGCAGGAGACGAAGACAAGAUUUCUGCUCUUCGAAAGGGGAAGCAACGAGCCCUGUCAAAUCGGGCUCCACCGUCCAGGCUCGCUGCAGCAGUGCGGCUUCAACUCCUCGCUGCCGCUGGUGAUGAUCAUCCACGGGUGGUCGCUGGACGGCUUUCUGGAAAGCUGGAUCUGGCAGAUGGUGACCGCGCUGAAGUCUCAGCUGGCCCAGCCAGUGAACGUGGCGCUGGCAGACUGGAUCACCCUAGCCCGAAACCACUACGCCACCGCUGUCCAAAACACCCGCCUCGUGGGACAGGAGGUCGCAGCUUUUAUCCGGUGGCUAGAGGAGUCUGUUCCGUUUUCUCGAAGCAAUGUUCAUCUAAUUGGGUACAGCCUGGGUGCACACGUCUCAGGAUUUGCUGGCAGUUACAUUGGCGGAAAGCACAAGAUUGGGAGAAUUACAGGGCUGGAUGCCGCGGGCCCUCUGUUUGAAGGAAAUUCCCCCAGCGACCGUCUUUCACCAGAUGACGCCAAUUUCGUGGACGCCAUUCACACCUUUACCUGGGAGCACAUUGGCCUGAGCGUGGGCAUCAAACAGCCCAUAGCACAUUAUGACUUCUACCCCAACGGAGGUGCCUUCCAGCCUGGCUGCCACCUCCUAGAGUUCUACAAACACAUUAGCAAGCAUGGCCUAAAUGCUAUCCCUCAGACCAUAAAAUGUGCCCACGAGCGAUCGGUACACCUCUUCAUGGACUCCUUGCUGCACGCCGACCAGCAGAGCACGGCCUACCUGUGCAGCAGCAUGGACCGCUUCAGCCAGGGCCUGUGCCUGAGCUGCAAGAAGGGCCGCUGCAACACGCUGGGCUACCACACCCGUCAGGAGAGGCAAAGCAAGAAGAGCAAGAAGCUCUUUCUGGUGACUCGAGCCCAAUCUCCCUUCAAAGUGUACCAUUAUCAGUUCAAGGUCCAGUUCCUCAACCAAAUUGAGAAGCCAGUGGAACCUACGUUUACCAUGUCACUCCUGGGAACAGAAAAGGAAAUGCAGAAAAUUCCCAUCACGCUGGACGAAGGAAUUACUAGUAAUAAAACCUACUCCUUUCUUAUCACAUUGGAUUCGGAUAUUGGCGAGCUGGUCAUGAUCAAAUUCAAGUGGGAAAACAGUGCAGUAUGGGCCAACGUGUGGAACACGGUCCAGACCAUCAUCCCAUGGGGCAGCAGACCCCACUACUCAGGCCUCGUUUUGAAGACAAUCCGCGUCAAAGCAGGAGAAACUCAGGAAAAAAUGGUAUUCUGCCCGGAAAACAUGAAUGACCUACAACUGCACCCAACCCAGGAGAAAACCUUUGUGAGAUGUUAUAUAAACUCUAAAAACCUGAAGAGAAAGAACAGAUGAGUUUUAAUGAAGAUCCAGUGUAAAAAAAUAAAUGAUCUUAUUCCUUAUCUGGA